UAAUUCUGCAUGCAGAAAUAUAAUUUCCAAUUGCUUGAUAUGUCCUAGCUCGGAAUGAGAAAUUAUCAUUUGCGAAGAAACUCUAAGUGGUGUCCCACAAUUAACUUGGAUAAACUGUGGACCCUAGUCAGUGAGCAGACCAGGCUUAGGUACAAAGAUCAUCCAGAAGGCAAGGCACCAGUUAUUGACAUUGUGAAGGCGGGUUAUUACAAACUUCUAGGAAAGGGAAGCCUGCCAAAGCAACCAGUCAUUGUAAAAGCAAAGUUCUUCUCCAAGCGAGCUGAGAACAAGAUCAAGAAAAUUGGAGGUUGCUGUGUCUUGCAGGCUUAACCUUUGAUGGUGUUACUAUUUUAUAAAAUGACAAUAAAUAUGUCAAAUAAUUUA